AGAUGCAAUGCGAUGCGAGCAUCGUACGAAACGAAACGAAACGAAAACUAGUUUGAUUAAAGCAGCGUCGCCGGGAGGUCGUGUCGCUCGUUUUAGUACAACAACAUUGAAAUUAUCAUUGUUUAUAAACAAAAUCCGCCAAGAUAAGUUACCUGGACAAUGAUUUUAUGAAUAAAGUUAAUAACAUUCGCUACUAAAGUAUAUAAUACCCGUGUUAGCAGUGUUUCUUGUAAAUUUGUUACGUUUUAUUCGAGUGUAUAAUCUUGUAUCGCCGAGAACUGCUUCGUUGAUUUGGUCGGACGGUGGUUGAAAAUGUGAAACAAAAUUUAAUAUUGUGUUGUUUGUGAACAUUUGAGACUGAGAUGAAGGUUGCCGGUAUCGUUUAUAUAUAAGAAACUGGACGGAAAAGGUGGAACGAUGAAGUGGUAUAUUUUUGUGUUCUUACUGCCCUCGUGUUUGGCUCAUCUCAAUGUUUACCUGAGCAGUGCAGAAGUAUGGAGAUUACUAGGAUUAACAGCGGAGCUGUUCUACGUGCGAGAGGGACAGAUAAACUUCUACGCGCUGAACUUCGUGGUGCCAGUGCCGGCCACCAUCGGAGAGUUGCACUUUACGUGGCAGAGUUUGACAAGGAGACCGUUACCGUACUCGCUGAACGUUGAAGUAGUAUCGCAUGCGGACGCCAUGCAUCCACCGACAUUCAACAUCACGAGAGAAGGAUUCGUUCCGACGGAACCGCGAACAUGGAAAAUCGAUUUGCCUUGCACGCACACCGUCGCCGCCGAAGUGGACAUUACGAUAUCACUGAAUGUCUCUAUGGGAUCCACAUCAACCACGCUUCACUUCAGAAGGAGGAAGAUUUGUUUAAAAGAAGCGCCCAGGCCGGCGGUUAGGGUCGACAGCGUUGCCCAGGCACCUACAUCAGCGGAUAUAUUCUAUGCGGGAGCCGGUUGUGCCGGCGCCGCGCUUCUGAUAGCGGCAGUAGCGGCAGCAGCUUGUAGAGCCCGAGCAAGGAAACUUCGACGCGCACGUAGCGACGAACAAGAUGCACACGCUUUCCUCCCAGACUCCUCCUGCAAGUCAGCUGCCAGUUACACCAGCUACCGACGGCCGACUUCCAUCCCCGCAGCGGCAGCGGAAGAGCGCGCGAGGGACCUGCAACAGAGAAUAGCAGAGUUGACGAUUCAGCGAUGUCGCGUCAGACUGCGCUCAGUGGCGAUGGAGGGGACGUUCGGAAGGGUGUACAAGGGAACGUACGCUGAUGAGGAAGCCAGGGAACAGGAGGUGCUCGUUAAGACUGUUGCGGAACAUGCGUCGCAAGUGCAGGUAUCAUUGCUACUACAAGAAGGCUGCAUGCUCUACGGCCUGCGACAUGAACGUGUACUAUCAGUGCUCGGCGUUAGCAUCGAAGACCAAACUGCUCCAUUCCUCCUAUACCCAUGGGGUGCUACCUGGAGAAACCUGAAGCAAUUCCUUCUAGCGUGUCGAGGAGUGACUGUGGGCGGGGCGGCGGGGAGCGCGCCACCGCCGCCGCCGCUUACAACACAACAUGUUGUUAGAAUGGCACUACACGCGCUGGAUGGAUUAGCGUUUUUGCACUCCCAACAUGUCUUACACAAGGACAUUGCUGCCAGAAAUUGCAUUGUCGACGAAAACCUCCGAGUAAUGAUCGCCGACAACGCCCUCUCCCGCGAUCUCUUCCCCGCGGACUACCACUGUCUAGGCGACAACGAGAACCGGCCCAUCAAGUGGCUGGCUCUGGAAGCCCUGAGCAAACGCCAGUUCAGCCCGGCCGCUGAUGUUUGGGCGCUAGGAGUGCUGCUAUGGGAGUUGACUACGUUGGCUCACCAGCCGUACGCAGAAGUCGAUCCGUUUGAGGUCGCUGCGUAUCUGAGGGAUGGAUACCGGUUACAACAGCCGGCGAACUGUCCGGAUGAAUUGUUCGCUGUAAUGGCGUACUGCUGGGCGAUGUCGCCCGACGACCGGCCCACGCUGCCGCAGCUACAGAUCUUCCUAAGGGACUUUCACACGCAACUCACCAGAUUCGUCUAAUACGCUGUGAAAACUAUUUCAGUGAACAGUUAACAAGAACGAACACAGUGAAACAAAAAAAUGAACACAGUGAAACAAAAGAAGGAACUCAGUGAAACCAAACUGGUACAGUUAACAAGUAAUAAACACAGUGGGAAAACUGCAGUGUAUAAAAGACAAAGUAAAGUGAAAUAAAUAAAAUACUAAACACAGUGAAACGCAAUGAAUAAUAAAAUAGACAGAGUGAAACAAAAUAAUUAUUGCGAUGAACAAAAUAAGACAGUAAAUAAAAUAAUAAAGUAUUCCAAACGUUAGGGGCCUUAUACCAAGUGCACAUUACCCUUUCGUGUUAAAAAGUGGAGAUUAAAAUAAUAUACAGAGACUGAUUUUGUUUAGUUAUUGUACAUUUUAGUGUCGGAUGACGGUUAUAAUGAAUUCGUCUUCUGUCUUUUUCAAACGAUAAAUUAUUGUUUGAGCAUUCAAUUGUUUAUAUCUAGUUACUUAGUUGAAUGUGACAUUCGAAUAAUAAUUUCAUCAGUGCCAACAUCACGAAGUACAAAUUCAAGAUAAUUGUCAUCUAAUUUACUUUUACAAUUAAUUAUUGUUUGGAACCUCAUUACUGCCAUAUUAGAUUAAACUUGGUUUGUAAAUAUCGAUUAGUACUAAAGUUUAGUUACAUUGUGAUUGUAUGUAUGAUACGUAUAUUAAAUGUGCCUCAGAUUUUAUGAAAAAUUUUAGAUGUUUAAUAGAGAAAAUAUAAACUAAAUUAAGACUGGUAUAUUAUAAAAUUUUAUCGACUUUGCCUAAAGUAUUGCCAACUUAUAUCUACCAGAGACACGUAAAUUAUACAAACUACUAAACCAUAUCAUGUUAUGUUAUAUAUAAAUAAUAAAGGGACAAUCAAUAACCUAACCAGUUAACUUACUAAAAUCGUUUUAAUUAAAGUUGAACUCGUCAUAUUGCACAUUAGGUGAAAUUGUCACGAUCUGCAGUGAUAAGAAACGAAGCUGUGUAGGCAUUAGCAGUCUGUAUAAUUCAUCGUUCUCUGAUGAUAUCUACUGAUCUUUACGUCUUGUUAUUCACUUCAUGAUAGCCUCUUAAAAUUUUAAUGUAAACUGUUUAUACUCUUUUAUAAUAUCGUAAGUACUCAAAGUUGAGUAACAGGUCGUGAAGAUAAAAUGUAAACGAAUUGUUGUCCUUAUUUUCUUUGUAUCGUGUAAUAAAAUUAACAUUUUUAAACAAGGAAGUCUAUACUGUAUUUUAAGUAUCAAAUAAUUAGGCCAAUCGCCGAACAUAUUAGUACGGAUCUCUUCGUUUAAAAACGAGGACAUUGUAACCGUUUAAUAACUGUUCAAAGAAUUUUGUAGAUGGUAGACAAUAAAUUAUUACUACAGUAGUAAACUGAAUCAUAAAAUAUCUUAAUUGUUCAUUAUCUUGCAAGCGUUUUGUGCCAAAAUAAUACCACGGUAAAAAUUGUAUCAAAAUUUAUUGCCUCAAUAAAGUUAGGAAGUUUUAGGUGUCUCAAAAAUUUACCUGUUAACUUUGAAAGUGAAUUCAAUUAAAUUGUUUUGCUACUUUAUUGCACUUACCAAACAGAUAAUGGAACAGACCGUGGAACGUCUUAAAAAUCUGAUUUUGAUAUGAUAUCACUUGUAGUUCGUAUUUAGCGUAUUAAUACUAUCAAAAUAAGGUCAGAUUAUUAAAUUCGGAAUUCUACUCCUGUUAAAACCAAAAUAUUACUUUGCUAAUCCGCGUAAAAGAUAACGUGCUAGUCAAUCAGUGCUAACCCGUUAUACUUACUUGUGUAUUUUUUACAUGCAAUUAAUGUUCCCACCCUCCCACCGCAAAAAUAAAUACGCAAAUAAAUAUAACAAACCACCAUCAAAAGAAUAAUACUCGACACGUGUUUCGCCUCUCUACGAGGCAUCCUCAGGAGUUGUUGACGGUCUGACGCCCGGCAACGGAAAACCCGUGUUCUGAUUGACUAGCACGUUAUCUUUUACGUGGAUUAGCAAAGUAAUAUUUUGGUUUUAAUUAAUAUGGAUUUCCGCAAAGUAACGCCUGAUUCUAUUCACUAUCUACUCCUGUUGCCACAAGUUCUUUUGUAUCUCUCUGUAUUUAAUUCGACUUCAUUUUGAAACCAGUGUUACACCUUUAAUUUGCCAUUCGUUUCAAUCAAUUCAAAAAUGUCCCUUAACCCUUUGAAUUAAGAUACAUGUAUUCUGUUAUUACGUAAUCCAUCUGUUCCCCACAUUGUAAUAGCAAGUAAAUAUACAUUAUUAUUGAACGUAUGUUAAAAAAUUGGUGUUAUAUUUAAACAAGUGCCAAUUACAUUGUCUUGUCUAUAGUCUAUAUAUUUAGGUAUUUAAAUAAAAGUAAACUAACAAUUUGUACAGAGAUUCGGGUAGUUAUAACAUUUAUUGGUUAUUCGACCAAUUACAAAACCGCCUGGAACAGUCACCGAACGACCUGAUUUUAACCUACAUUAUUUGAUCGUGUAAUGUGGCUUAAGUGGCUUAAGGAGCUAUUUGUGCGUAGAUUUUGCUCACUUUUAUUUAAAUACCUAAAGAUAGAGUAUAAGUGACAUAAUAAACUCGUAAGGUCUUAUGUACUUUUUUGGAACAAAUAAUUUAUAAGGCCAACAAAUCUACAUUUUAAACAGCGAAAAAUAUUUAGGACAAUACAUUUUUUUAUUUGUCUUAAGAAGCUGCAAGCAAAAUGAUACUUAUUGUCUGGUCGAUAAAGCGCUACUGCCAUAAAGAUUCAAUUAGAUAAUCAAACUUAUCAACAACCGAUAAUGUGGUACAUUUUACAAAAUAUAUUUAUUCUGAGACCAUACUUUUAUAUCCGCAACGCAGGCUUCGUCAGGUCGUUUUACAAAUGGUACUUACGUAAGUAUAUUGGACCGUACGAGAUUAAUAUGUAUACUUAAUCAAAUGUCAAAAAAUGAGGCAUCUGAAAAACUGAUGAUUAUUUCUAAAUUCGUUAAUUACUUUGAUUAAAAAUCCGUCAAAUUGUGCAUCAGCAUGCAUUUAUUUAUUUACAAAAGUCGAUUAUCAGAACAGCAAGUUUAUUUGUGUAAUUAAGACGAAGUGCCCUGUAUGGGCGAGUAUUAUCGUACCUUUGUUUGUACAUGUACAUGUGUAAAUAAUAUAAAAUGACAAAAAUGUGAAUAUACGAGUGAUUACUAUGAA